GUCCACGUAGCAGUAACGGCGAAGACAGGACCAACCAAACCAAACGCCACGCCUCCACUUUUGAAAGCAAUCCAUGCCGUUGCGAGUUGCAAGUUGCAACACCCGUCACUCGAAAUCCUCGUGGCCUUCAAGAGUGAAACGGCGCCGUUUCGAGCAAGUGAUUUUGUUACUGUGUGUCAUCAGCUUUUAGAUCACCUGGGAAGAAAACCAAAACCGAGAAAGGCUGUUGCUGCCAAUUUCACGUUUUAAUUCUCUAAAUUAAAGCCCCAUUUCCUGAAUCGACGAGUUUCUCGUGACCCUCCUCUCGUCAUCAUCGUCUUCCUCGUGCCCUAAUCGAUUCUCUCGUCGUGGGUGCUGAUCCUAUUGGGCUGUGAAAUACUGUCAUCGACUGUGAUCAAUCAUUCAUAAACCAAAAACAAGAAAUCCUUUUUUGAGUGCCAGAUAAAUUAGUUUUUCUUUUUCAUUUUCCGAUGACGUAUUACGAUAAUGAUGGUGGUCGGAGAGAGGAGGUGGUGUUGGAUGUUACCUACACAAUCCGACCCGAUGAUGGUAAUGGGGACUAUGUGAAAUUGAGGGCCGAUCCCGACGACGUUUCUCCACUGGGUGCGGCAGUGGAGCCUUCUGUGCCGACGAUAAGAGCCACCGUGUUGUAUUGGGUUAAAUUGGUAUUGUUGUUUUUAUGCCUGGGGUUUUUGGCUGUCGUUGCUCUGGUCUGGAUUGGACCCUAUUGCAUGGACAAGGGGGUUAUUCCGAUAUUAAAUUGGGAGACAGAGACUUUCAGUACUCCAAUAUUAACUGUUUUGGUGUUUGCCUCCGUGGCAAUAUUCCCAACCCUACUCUUGCCGUCUACACCUUCCAUGUGGGUGGCUGGAAUGACUUUUGGUUAUGGCUUUGGGUUCUUGCUAAUUAUAUCUGCAGCAGCUAUUGGUGUAUCACUCCCUUUUAUCAUUGGCAAAACCUUCCACCAUAAAAUUGAGGGAUGGUUGGAGAAGUAUCCAAAGAAGGCUUCUAUUCUAAGGUCUGCUGGUGGAGGGAACUGGUGUCAUCAGUUCCGGGCUGUUGCCUUAAUCAGAAUUUCCCCAUUCCCAUACUUAAUCUUCAACUAUUGUGCUGUGGCAACAAAUGUUAAGUAUGGGCCUUAUAUAGUUGGAUCCUUGGUAGGAAUGGUGCCGGAAAUAUUUGUUGCAAUCUACACUGGAAUUUUGAUUCGUACAUUGGCUGAUGCNUUUAAAAAAAUCAUCUGGAACAAUUAUUUAUUUUGCUUUUUUAUCUGUAAAACGUAUCUAAAUUGCUUUAUAGAUUAA